CCGACUUCUACUGUCAUGCAAAACGGUCGGAAUGUUCAAGACCUCCUGGGGUUCAGAGAGCGACAGAAUUCAGACAUGGGCUCGGAUGUCCUCACGGAGCGCGCUUGGGGUUCUGCCUCGACUUCCGAUCCAUCGUCGACGCGCACUACAAAUGGUGCUCAUGGACUGCGAACAGCAUCAGAUGCAACAUUGCCAGACCCAACUCCGAUUAUUCCAUAUUGGUCUGCAAAACGUCAUCUCACAUGUGGUAAUCCUGCUCCUCGUUCAUCUUCAGCACGUCUCUUUCCAUGGCGGGGAAGUGCACCCGGAAAGCUCAAGACCGCAAAUGCGGCUCUCGUCCUCUGUCUGAACAUUGACGUAGACCCCCCAGAUAUAAUCAAGACUAAUCCCUGUGCAGCGCUCGAAUGCUGGGUCAAUCCUCACUCCCUCCCCUCUCAUAAGGCUCUCGAAGCCAUCGGCUCUAACCUUCAGCAUCAGUUUGAGGGUUUGAGUCUCAAGAUCCCUUACAAACCCAUCCUUGAUCCCUCCUAUGAGGACCUUCGCCGUUUCUGCCUGACUCUUCGUAAACAGGCCAAAGACGAAACAGUUUGUUUUUAUUACAAUGGUCACGGCGUUCCGAAGCCCACCCCCAGCGGGGAGCUUUGGUGUUUUAACAGGAACUACACACAAUAUAUUCCCGUCUCGCUUAUGGAGGUCCAGACUUGGCUCGGUAGCCCAGGCGUAUAUAUUUGGGAUUGCAGUGCUGCCGGGCACUUGCUCUCCAACUUCAUCACCUUCGCUGAACGUCGGGAUCAGGAUGCGUUCACCACACGUGGGGGCUACGCAGACGGCAUGCAGCCGUACAUGAACUCCCUUCAACUAGCCGCGUGUGCUACCCAUGAGCAACUUCCGACAUGUCCGGAGCUGCCAGCAGACGUUUUCACGUCAUGUCUAACCUCCCCCAUUGACAUCGCGCUGCGAUACUUCAUCAUGACCCAUCAUCUACCAAAUAACAUCACCCCCGACAUGGUCAUGCAGCUACCAGGAGAUCUCAAGGACCGUCGGACACCUCUUGGCGAGCUCAACUGGAUCUUCACCGCUAUAACAGACACCAUUGCGUGGACCACGUUCCCUCGGGACGUGUUCACGCGGCUGUACCGCUCCGACCUCCUCAUUGCAAGUCUCUUCCGAAAUUUCUUACUCGCAGAGCGCAUCAUGAAGAACUACCACUGCACCCCACACACACACCCUCCACUUCCAGCCACAAACACUCACCAACUCUGGGCCGCAUGGGAUUUAGCUCUGGACACAUGCCUACGCCAACUACCUGAACUUCUCGCGAAGAGUCCAGGCGCACCCAAUAGUCCCCCAAGUCCCAUUAUCGGCACAGGCGCGCGCUCUGGACACAGUGGUCAGCGCGGAUCGUCUGGUGCUCCGAACACCGAGAAACCCUACCAAUAUAUCCCGAGCCGCUUCUUUACCGAUCAGCUCACUGCGUUCGAGGUGUGGAUUUCACGCGGUGGUUCUGCACUAACAAAGCGUGGUCCUCUGUCACUACCUCUCCAGAACGGCGGGGAUCGCUGUGACACGCCUGACGUUGUAAAUGGAACCACUGCCCCUGAUGCUGAUCUUGUCCCACGUAAACCCCCCGAUCAGCUCCCCAUCGUCCUGCAAGUGCUGCUCUCGCAGCCCCAUAGACUUCGGGCCCUGAUUCUUCUUUCCCAAUUUGUAGACCUCGGACCCUGGGCCGUCAACCUUGUGCUCACCAUUGGAAUCUUCCCAUAUAUAUCUAAGCUCCUGCAAGCCGCAGGCCAGGAUCUGCGUCCGGUGUUGAUCUUCAUAUGGGCACGCAUCCUUGCAGUAGAUCCCAGUGUUCAAGUCGACCUAUACAAUACCGGGGGAUUCAAGUACUUUGCGAAUGUGCUGGCGACGCAAGAAGACAACGAGCUGCCUAACAGCAGUGAACACAAGGCUAUGUGCGCAUUCAUUCUUAGUGCCGUUGCAAGAGACUUCUAUAACGGCCAGAUGGCAUGCUGGCGCGAAAGGGUGUUCGACGCUUGCUCCGAGCGUCUGGAAGAGGGAGACUUUCUGCUGAGGCAGUGGAGUGCGCUAUGUAUUGCGCAAAUAUGGGACUCCAAUGAUGAGGUCAAAGUGUAUGGUGUCGAUCGUGGGAUUCAAGACAAGCUCAUUCUCAUGCUGUCUGACGACUCGCCUGAAGUCAGAAGCGCAGUCCUAUACGCACUCUCGACUUUCAUGGGUGCGGCUGGGGGCAAAGGUCAGGGUGGCGCUGGGACUGGGACUCAGUAUCAGCUCGAAGAGCGCAUUCACUUCAGGAUGGAGGUGGCUGUUGCAACUGGAGCCACUCUUGCUGUGAGGGAUGAUGCAAGCCCAAUGGUGCGUAAGGAGUUACUCGUGCUCAUAAGCUGCCUUGUGCGCGAAUGGCGCGGGCACUUCGUUGUCUGCGCGUGGAUGUACUGGGAAGAAGACCGGCGAUGGCGCGCAGGUGAACCACAAACCCAUCAUCAUCACCAUGCGGAAGAGGAGGUCACAGCUCAGGCGCUCGCUGAAUGGCUGGACGGAUUUGGCGAUGACGAAGGUUCGAGGGAAGAAAACCGAGUGUUACUCUCAAGCUUUUUUACAAUAUUUGUGGUGCUCAUGGAGUUGACAAUUGACCCAUACCACGAGGUUGCGACACUCGCACAGACCGUGAUGGACUACAUUUUUGCGCUGCUCCUUGCAUCACCUUUUGCAAAACUUAACCUUGUCCCCCCACUACCCGUCGAUUACAAGCCCGCUGGUACAAAUGGCGUGCACUCACGUGUGAGCUCAGCACAAGGAUCACCGCUGAUACAACACCCGCCCUCGCCGUCAUUAUCCCGUCCAUCAAAUACACUCCGGCGCACGUCAUCCUUUGCAAACACACUGCGUCAUCUUACAGGGGGUAUCCCUUUCCCCAGCAGCGAUGAGGCACGCGCCCCGCCAAGCCCUGUACCAUCCUCACUCUCCCGCUCUGAUAUCCUUGCUGCAUCUCGUCCCCCAUCACCAAACUUCAACGUCGCACAGUAUGCUUCGCCCUAUUCACGUCCGCCAACGCCGUCACGGGAUAAAGAAAGAGACUUGGCUUCGCCUCCGGUGUCACCAACUGCAGGAACUGCGACCUUCCUACCUUCGCAUGUGAUGGAAGCGCUUGUUGAGGAAGAUAUGGUGCGUUUGCGAGCACGACGUCGGGAAGGAGCACAUGGGCGUCGUUCCGCAGGCUCGGGGCUCGCAGGGGGUAGUGCCGGCGGUGGCCUGAACAGUCCAUGCGAAAGUACAUUCUCUAUGGACUCGAAUGUCAGCAAUGUGCCGCUUGGCUGUGGGACUGGUAAUGGACUGCGUGAUGUACUGCCUUUGAAAAGCUCGUUUUUUGCUUGGUGUUGCGAAUACUUUACGGAGCCGCAGAUGCGGCAAACGGAGGCGGACGAACCAGGAAGCGUGCAGUACAAUUACCAAGUGUGGAGGCAGCAGCGAAAUGAGCAAGUCAUUACAGAGACGCAGAAACAGGCAAUAGUUGCUGAGAGUUCAAGAUGGGAUCGUCCUGUGGCCAACCUGCACGUGAACAGUCAUCCCUUGUGCAUGGCAAUGCAUGCAUACGACCCCCACCUAGUUAUCGCGAAUGACAACGACAUGAUCAGUGUGUGGGAUUGGACACAGCGCAAGCGCUUGAAUUACUUCUGCAAUGGUAAUCCUAAAGGCACAAGCAUCACGUCGCUGCAAAUAAUUAACCAGGAUGUGGGCGGGAUCAUCAUGACUGGUGCAGCCGACGGCAUCGUGCGUCUGUACCGGAAUUACGACCCCACAGUGAACCAAGGUCCACUCCAGAUGGUCAGCUCAUUCCGUGCACUGCAUGAGUUGAUCCGGGUGCGUAGGGGUAGUGGCCUUGUGCUAGAUUGGAAACAAUCGGGUGGCACGCUGCUGGUUGGGGGCGACUCUCGCAUUAUCCGUGUAUGGGAUGCCCACACGGAAACUCAAGUCCUGGAUCUAGAAACUAAUUGCGAGAGUCCUGUGACGUCUAUCACAUCUGAUCAGGGCUCGUCGUCCACAUUCAUUGUUGGCUUUGCCGAUGGCCUGGUCAAAGUUUUCGAUCGUCGACUAGAGGAAGAGGACGCUAUUGUUAGAUCGUAUCAUGAUCAUCACUCAUGGGUACAGAAUGUCAAAUAUCACCCACGCAUCAGUGGUCAGUUCUUGUCUGGAAGUCUCGCUGGCGAAGUCCGUCUGUGGGAUUUGAGAGGCCCUGAUACAGCGAUUCAGGCUUGGGACUUGCACCAUACGGGCUUGUCUGCGUUCGAUGUACAUUCACAGACGGGCGUGUUUGCCACAACAUCUGCUCUUACUCCUGCCAACUUUAGGCACCAGCGGCUUAUGGUACACUCUAUAUCAGAUUCAUUGUUACUCUCCACGCUUAGCCUACCAACGGGCCUCAACGCGUAUCCAUCUCGACCACCGACGCCUUACAUCCCUAGGCAUACGUCUUUCGCGUUCCACCCAAUGGAGAUGUUGUACGCUAUUGGACAGCCUGAUGGUUCUGUUAAGAUCACUGGAUGCAAACUCACCUAGAGAAUGUAUAUUCAUGAAUACCCGCGCAUCACCAUCAUUAAAUUAUAUGGUGGCUGUGUCCAUUUUCCUCAUUUUACUGCUUUCUGUAAGCCCGCUGGACUUGCGAAUGCUUUUUCUUUUGGCAACGUCCUUAUAUCUCAGCUCAACUAACUCAUAAUCAGAUCUUUCUGUAACUACUACGCCCUCAUGUAUCCCAAAAUGAUCGAAGCAAAUCAGUCUGUCCGACA